AUGUCCACCCAGGUUAAUGCUCGACUCGAUUCAAUUGAGGCCUCACUUCAACGGGUUAUUGAAUCCCAAAAGGUUAGUACUCCCCAUUUACCGGAUCUUGAUGAGGACGAUACCCUAGAACAAAUCCUAGAACAACAAGGUUCGGUUCGGCAGGGCAACUUUGAUCAUAGGUCUGUUCCAGGUCACCAUUAUGCCUACCCUCGCCCUAGAGGACCUGGUCCCAUUCCUCCUGUUGAUAGAGGUCACCGACAUACCGUAGAAUCUAGAGAGCCUCGUGACCCUGAUGAAGAUGUAAUGCGAGGCAUUAGGAUUGAAGCCCCCACCUUCGAUGGUCGUCUUGAUCCGAAAGUCUUCUCCGAUUGGCUACACGAAAUGGAUCACUUCUUUGAGUGGUACAAUCUGUCGGAAGAGAAAAAAGUCCGAUUCGCUAGAAUGAAACUCCUUGGUCGUGCUAAGUUGUUUUGGCAAAACACCGAACAACUGUUAGCCAGGAGACAUCAACCUGCUAUUACCGAUUGGGUAGAGAUGAAAGAAAAAUUAAAAGAAAAAUAUCUUCCAUUAAGUUAUCAAUCUGACCUCCUAGAUCGAUGGAACAAUUUACGACAAGGUAGUCGCACAGCUACUGAUUACAUCGCCCAAUUUGAUGAAUUUAUGAUGCGAAGUAAUAUAGCUGAAGAUGAACGUAUGAUCUUAAGCCGGUUUCGACGAGGCCUAAAUGAUGAGCUUAGGAAAGAACUUGUCCUUCGUGAAGUGGCCACCUUAGACCAAGCAUAUACAUUUGUGCAAAACUACGAACAAUUCUCCAAAUCUGUGUUUGCUAGGCGCCCUGACACCAGGCGUGUUCCCACUAGUGCCCAACCAUCUGGACCCAAAACCCCAGUCAGUUCUGUCCCACCCAAGCCCUUUUCUUCUCCACCUAUCCAAAAUCGAGAUAUUAAAGGCAAAGGAAUUUUAGGUGAACCUCCAAAAACAAGCUCAAGAAUUCAGUGCUUUAAAUGCCAAGGGUUUGGUCAUGUUGCCUCCCAAUGUGCAAAUCAGACCCUUGUUAUUGAUGCACAUGAACAGAAGGAUGACAUAGAUAAUUUGGAGGAACAAAUUUAUGAGCCUAAUUUAGAUGAUAUUCAAGAUGUCGAAGAUGAACCCGAGGACGAAUCACUCACUUUAGGUUGUAUCCGACCUAAUCCCCAGAUAAUUGCCCACGAACCUGACCGAUCCACUGUGAAUGUAGUAAGGUGUGCAAUUACCCAGCCUAAAGCGACUGAUGACUGGAGACGAACCUCAAUUUUCCACACUUACAUUAAAUGCGGCGAAAAAGACUGUAAAGUUAUUAUUGAUAGCGGGAGCUGCAUUAAUGCGAUAUCUUCCAGCAUUGUCGCCCGCUUGGGUCUGACCCCUGUGUCCCAACCUCACCCUUAUAAGGUCUCCUGGAUCGACACGUCGUCCAUUCACAUUAAGGAACGGUGUCUUGUACCUAUUCAAAUCCUCUCUUAUAAAGACACUGUCUGGUGUGACGUACUCCCAAUGGACGUAGGUCAUCUGAUAUUAGGUAGGCCUUGGUUGUUCGAUCUCGAUGUCACCAUCUACGGUCGAACUAACUCUUGCUCCUUUGUCUUCCAGGGUAAAAAGAUUAAGCUUAAUCCUUUACGGCCCAAAACGCUAAAUAAGGGUACGAACAAGAGUAAAUCAAAGGGGAAGGAACUGCAUAUCCUUAACCCCACGGAAUUUGAGAGGAACGUCUUUAAGGACUCUCCGGUGUUUGCCCUGCUAGUUAAAGAACUUCAGCCACAUCUCACAAGCACAUUAUCGGCUGAAUCCCUCGCUAUUCUCGAGGAGUUCAAAGAAGUUUUUCCGGAAGACCUUCCAGAUCAUUUACCCCCUUUGCGUGAUAUUCAGCACGCCAUUGACCUAGUCCCGGGAGCUACCCUUCCUAACCUGCCCCAUUAUCGGAUGAACCCUUCUGAUCAUGCAGAGCUCCUAAAGCAAAUUAACGAGCUUUUACAAAAGGGAUUUAUUCGAGAGAGUCUAAGUCCUUGUGCCGUACCUGCCCUUCUUACUCCAAAAAAAGAUGGGACUUGA